AUGGCGGAGGACGGGCCGAAGCAGCCGCAGCUCAGCAUGCCCUUGGUCCUGGACCAGGACCUGACCAGGCAGAUGCGGCUGCGCGUGGAGAGCCUGAAGCUGCGCGGGGGGAGGCGCCAGGACGGCGAGAAGCUGCUGCAGCCGGCCGAGGCCAUGUACCGCCUGGACUUCGUCCGGCAGCAGAAGCUGCAGUUCGAGCGCUGGGACGUGGUGCUGGACAAGCCCGGCAAGGUCACCAUCACGGGCACCUCCCAGAACUGGACGCCCGACCUCACCAACCUCAUGACGCGCCAGCUGCUGGACCCCACUGCCAUCUUCUGGCGCAGGGAGGACUCGGCCGCCAUGGAUUGGAACGAGGCCGAUGCCCUGGAGUUUGGGGAGCGCCUGGCGGAUCUGGCGAAGAUCCGCAAGGUCAUGUACUUCCUCAUCACCUUCGGCGAGGGCCUGGAGCCCGCCGACGUCAAGGCCUCUGUGGUCUUUAACCAGCUCUGACGGCAGCUCCUGGCUGCUGCCCCCUCCCCGUGCCCGCCCGCCCCGUCCCCUGCCCGCACCCCCUUCCCCGAGGCGUGUGUUUGAGGACAUUCUUCUAGCUGCUGGCCUGUACUCAGCUUGCCCGGGACCCGCUGAGCCUGUGUCCUUCCUCCUCUCCUUUCCCCGGUGCUGGCACUCCUGCUCAUGGGAGGAAGAUGCAGAGGCCCUGUAGUCUAGAAGCUGACCCGACUGCCGCUGCUUCUGCUGUAGACCAUGGAGGCCCGGUCGGGGCCAAGCAUCUGCCUUCUCUCUGCUUCAUUGUCCAGAGAGCGACUCAGAACGAGAGAGACAGACACCGAGAAAGAGAGAUCCAAAGCGCCAGCCGUCGGGCUUCCUCGGGAGACGGAGAGACGACGGAGCAGCCCCCCUGGGGAAUCCACAAGCCUUUGCUGCCCUCCUGGCCGCAGCGCCCUUUGCUGAAGUCCAGAGGUGCACAGUGAGCCUGAGGACCCAGGAAGGCACUGCUCCUGGCCCGGGCCUGGCGCGGUCCCACGACGCCUCAGGGGCCUCAGGACUUCAGGCAGCGUUGCCGUGGGGGCUGAUUUGGGGCGGUGGGGAGCGGCUGACAGGCUCGAGGCUGUGCUUGCCCGUUCUUGCUCCUCUGAGGACUCCAGGAGGGCGAAGUGACAGGGACGGGACAGAUGAAAAAGUUACACAGAGAUGCAUCUGUCUAUACAUGUGCAUAUAUAUUGAGAGAGAGCGUGCAGUAUUCAUGUGGCUGUGUUCCAGAGUCUGUACCUGCCCUGCAAGCAGUCUGAUUUUAGAUGAUCUAUUAUGUAUCGGCCAGCUGGCUCAUGGGUGGCCCUUCGCAGGGGCUUGGUCAGGAUGACCUUGGGGAGGGGGGCCUCCUGAGCUGAGAGCCUUUGAGGUUCAUACCGUGAAGCAGGGAACAGCACAGUGAAGGGGUUUCCCUCUGCCUGGGGGAAGCAGGGUAGAGGGGUCCAGAGAGCCCUGGAGCUGGAGACAUUAGAUUCUUUGGGGCCUCAGGUGUCCCUGCUGGGAUGUCAGGUUUUUUCCAGGUCCCUGGGCAGGAAAGGCACAGGCCCAGGGGGCACCUCAGGAAGUGCCCCCAACACCCUGUCUCUAGGCCAGCCCUGUUUUUUUUCU